ACUGUUUUAAUUUCUGUCUUUUGUGUCCUGCAGACGUCAGUGAGCGUCUUUGUUGUGAGCAACACGAGGCAGAGGCCCCUCACAUUCAAGCGGAGGAAGAAGAGCGGCCCGACUUUAAAGAGGAAGAGGAGACAGAGACCAUUUUUGUUAAAGAGGAAGAUGAAGCACAGGGCCCCCAUGUUAAAGAGGAGGAGGAGCUCAAUAUCACCAAAUGGCCUUUGAGUUUUGCCCCUUUGAAGUGUGAAGAUGAAGACGAAGAAGGUGAGUGUGAGGAGGACAGAGGGUCAGCGCCUUCAAAGAACAGCUCAACAAAAGCUGAUGCAGACCAACGUGGACCAACACAAGCACAUCGUGAAGACACAUCACCACAUUUCCAUGAUGAUGAUGAAGAUAAUGAUGAUGAUUAUGGAGAGUCUGAAAGUGGCACGUCAUGUCACACUGACAACAAAUGCUGGCAAUGUGCUCAGUGUGGGAAAACAUUUUGUUCCAAGGGGAAUUUGAAUGUUCACAUGAGAAAACACUCCGGGGACAAACCUUUCACUUGCAUGGUUUGCGGUCAAAGCUUCACUGAGAGAGGCACUUUGACAGUACACACGAGAACGCACACUGGGGAGAAACCAUUUGCCUGCUCGUUUUGCAAUGAAAGCUUCUCUGUAAAGGCAAGUUUAACCCGGCACACAAGAACGCACACUGGAGAGAAACCAUUUGUGUGCUCAGUGUGUGGUAAAAGCUUCAUCGAAAAGGGGACUUUGAUCAAACACACGAGGACACACACAGGGGAGAAAAGCUUCGUCUGCUCAGUUUGUGGGAAAUGUUUCUCAGAGAAAGGGACUUUGAGAAAACACACAAGGAUACACACUGGAGAGAAAGCCUUUGCUUGCUUAGUUUGCGGUCAAAGCUUCACUGUCAAGACAAGUUUGACUAGGCAUACAAAAACGCACACCGGAGAGAAACCUUUUACCUGCUCAAUUUGUGGCAAAAGCUUUGCUGCAAAGUCGUGUUUGGCGAGGCACACCAGAAUACACACAGGAGAGAAACCUUUUGUCUGCUCAGUUUGUGGGAAAAGCUUUGCUCAAAAACCAAAUUUAACAGUACACAAGAGAAUACACACACGAGAUAAAGCUUUUGCCUGCUUAGUUUGGGGUCAAAGCUUUGCAAAAAAGGCAGCGUUAACAAGACACAAAAGAAGACACGCCAGGGAGGAAAAAUAUGACUUGUCGAGCGUCUGCUGAAGGCAGGCAAGCAUGCUGCUGAGAAGGGCGGAGGCCAAAGAAG